AUGAAAAAUUAUUUAACAAACAACUCUUUCCCUUCACUCUUCAACGAUUGUCACUUAACUAUAUACUAACAAUAAUAAAAUCCUAUACAUGUCACUUUUUCUCAAGCUUCCUCCCUUAAUAAAUUAAUUAAGUUAGUUGGUGGAACAAAAUCGUCAUCAAAGGUUAGACUUUUUGAUCAUAAAUGCUAAGAGAUUUAUGAGGAAGAUUUACAGUAUUUGAAAUAUAAUGGUAAGAUAUUCAUUACGACUAAUGGUAAAAAGCUUGAUAGUAAAUAUAUACUUUUUGAGCACAUUCCUAAGACACUCAUAUGUAAAGGAGGUUAAGCAACAAUUAUGCUUCUUCAACAUAAAGUUACUAAUGAAGAAAAAAUAAUUAAAUUUAUUAGUGAAGAAUAAAAGAAUUAAUAUUUAUAUAUAGCAAGAGAAGCUGUGAUUUUAGAAUAAUUAAAGCAUAAAAAUAUUAUAAAUUUAUAUGGAUAUAAAUUAUUUCCUGAAAAAUCAGAAGCAGUUUUAGAAAUGGAAUAUUUAAAAGGAGGAUCUUUAUUAGAUUUUGUUUUAGGUAUUUAUUGUUAUUUAUAACAGAAAAUGGUCCAUUAAAUGAAAAAUUAGCCAGAUAUUUAUUCAAUUAGAUUUUAGAUGCAUUAUCUUAUAUGCAUAAAAACAAUGUAAUCCAUAGAGAUCUCAAAUUAGAUAAUAUACUUUUUAUUAAUAAUACUAAAUUUUAAGUAACUAUUUAAAUAUUUAAGGUAGAUUAAAAUUAUAGAUUUUGGUUUAGCAUAUUUAUCAGGUACUGGUGUUCCAUUUGAUGAACCUUUGAAUGUUGGAACAAUACUAUACAUAGCACCUGAAAUAUUAUCAGGUAAACUAAAAAAAAUAAACUUUUGUUUGGACAUUUGGGCUUUAGGAGUUAUUUUAUAUUAUUUAAUUUUUGGAGAGUAUCCUUUUAAUGGGAAAGAUAAUGCAGAGACAUUCUUAUUGAUAAGUUAAGGGAUAAUCAAAUUUCCUAGACAAGUGAGUUUUGAGUUAAUAACUUUGAUAAGAGAGUUAUUAAAUCCAAAUCAUGAAAGUAGAAUAAAAUUACAAGAUUUACAAAAGAAUAAAUGGGUAUUAGGGAUGGUUUAAGAUAAUCUACAAAUAACUAUUCCAUUUUCAGAUUUAGAAACAACAUCAAAGGAACAAUACUAUAAUGAAAUUUCAUAAGGAGGAAGAAAUAAUUGUUAAAAUUAAUCAAAAAAAAGAGAAGAAAACUUGAUUUUACCAUUAAUUUUUAAAUAGAAUGAAGAAAAAUGA